AUGCAAUCACAAGACCCUGUUUAUUCUCAAAACGACCCCUUGUUGUUAGGAAACUCAAAUAGCUCCCAACAAAAAGAUAAUUGGAAAACAAUAGCUAAGAUAGCUACAGUAUUAAUUGGAAUCCUGUUCGUAGCAUCGCCAAUUGUUUUUGGAGUAUCCGGAGUUGUUGGAAAAAAUAAUGAACACAAACACGGUACGCAUGUUAAAAAAUUAAUAUUACCAAGACCGCAACCAAUCCGUUGAUAGUACACAAUGUGGGCACUUUCUCAGUUUCAGUUAUUCAAAGACCUAUUGGAUCACGCACCAACGAAACUACACCGUCAAUUUAAAU